GUAACCAAACAUCGGUAGCGCGUCUCACAUAACAUCAACAAUCACGAUUACAUAGGAAGAAGCUCAUUUGAGCGUCUGGAGAAUAAGUUUGCCGCUUACGCUGCAUGUUCGUGAUAUAGUCACAACUGAUAACAGUAUAUUUAUGUUCUUUGUUAGUGGUGAAAUAUUUUCACUGUUGAUGUUGGCUUCGGUUGACAAGCGAUAUUUCGCAAGUGAUUCUCCUCUAUGUUGAGAUUUGGAAGACUGAGAAGAUAUGGGCUUCAGGUAAUCUGGAGCUCCUUAGGAAUCUCUUCCCAGCUCACCUCAUUUUCAUAGCAUCGUUCCGGCUGUGAUGUCGUCCGCCUCAGCUAUUCCGACAUCUCCCCUCACGGCUCCGGCCUUGGAUAACCUGUCUGUGUCUUCUCUGCUGUCGGGAGAGCUGGAGGAGGAUGGAGAUGGUGGGGAGGGAGACCUGGCCGACCUGGAAGUGAACCCUUAUGAUGGGCUUCCCUUCUCUUCACGUUAUUAUGCCCUGCUGGAGGAGCGCAAGCAGCUGCCAGUCUGGGCUCUGAAGUACAGCCUGUUAGAGCACCUUGAGGACCACAGUAUGGUAGUGCUGAGUGGAGAGGGAGGCAAGGGCAAGAGCACACAGGUGCCUCAGUGGUGUGUGGAGUAUGCACUCUCACUGCAGUUUUCUCAGGGUGUGGUAUGCUGCUGUCAGCCCUAUGCAGCGGCAGCAUGUAGCUUGGCCCUCAGGGUGGCUGAUGAGAUGGACUUGAGUCUGGGCCUGGAGGUCGGUUACAGGGUCCCUCAUGAAAAUGGCUGCACUCCUGAUACACUGCUACGUUUUGUGACGGACUCCUUGCUUCUCGAGGAAAUGAUGUCGGACCCUUUGCUUCGUCAGUACGGGGUGUUGGUUGUGGAUGAGGCCCAGGAACGAACUGUAGCCACUGAUGUCCUGUUAGGCCUCUUACGCGACGUCUGUCGGCAACGCACAGAUCUCCGUGUGGUGGUCCUCACAUCACCUCCAAUGGCAGAAAGCUUUGCCAAGUUCUUGGGAGAAGAUGUGGUACACCUCUCCAUACCCCCUCCAGUUGGCACAAGUUCUGUGGAGAUAGUCUACAGGGACCCACCCUCCGGUCAAGAACCAGUAGCGGCUUCAUGUCAAAUGGUCCUUGACCUUCACCGCAGAGGGGAGGAAGGUGAUAUAUUGGUCUUCCUCCCCAGUGUACAGGAGGUAGAUGCGUGUGCUUCCCUGCUGGAAAAGGAGUGUGUGGCCCUCAGUCCUCAGCUGGGGGCACUUCGAGUGCUUCUGUUGCAUGUCGGCCUUGGUGCGGCUGCACAGCAUGUUUAUGACACAGAGGGUCCUGACCGGCAGGACCAGCAGUCAGAGGGGCCCAGUCUAAGACGCAGGGUCAUCAUCACAGAUAGCCUGGGGGAAUUCUCCUUCUCCCUGACUAACAUCCGCUAUGUUAUUGACACAGGCCUUCAGCUGAACACGGUUUACAGUCCUCAAAUCAGAGCAGACUCCCAAGUUCGACGACCAAUCAGCAAGCACCAGGCAGAUGCAAGAUGUAAAAGGGUCAAUAACAAACUGCCAGGUAUAUGUUUUCGGCUAUACCCACAGUCUCUGUAUGAGGAGGGAAUGGAUGACGCUCGCUGUCCUGGUGUGAUGGAAGCCAACCUUAGUCAUUUGGUACUUCUCCUUAAAAGGCUGGACAUUGCAGACAUGGGCCAGUGCAAGUUCCUUGACCGCCCAGCUCCUGAGGCUCUCAUGCAGGCACUGGAGGACUUGGAUUACUUGGCUGCUCUGGAUGACGAUGGGAACCUGUCAGAAGUGGGCAUCAUCAUGUCUGAGUUCCCUCUUGAGCCGCCGCUGGCCAAGGCCCUCAUUGCAGCCUGCGAGUUUGACUGUGUCAGUGAGCUACUCACCAUAGCCGCCAUGCUCACAGCACCCCCUUGCUUUGUGACCCCACUGCCUAAUAAAUCGGAGGCUGCAGCCACUCACAGACGGCCUUUACUACACCCCGAGGGAGAUCACCUCACUCUCAUCAAUAUCUACAAUGCCUACCUGCAGCACAACGAGGACGAGGCUUGGUGUUCCACAAAUUUCUUGAACGCCUCUGCAUUGCGGCUAGCUGUGGUGAUCAGGGCGGAGCUGCUUGAGGUGAUGCAGCGAAUUGAGUUGCCUGUUUCUCCACCUGCGUUUGGAUGCCAGGAAAACAGCACAAACGUAAUGCGGGCUCUUAUCUCCGGGUUCUUCCUCAAGGUUGCUCAUGAUGUGGAUGGCUCAGGUAACUAUUUGCUGUUGACUCAUCGUCAUGUGGCUCACCUGCACCCUUUCUCCUCCUACCUGUGUCGUCGGCCGCGGCCAAACCCCCCCAGCUGGGUCCUCUACCACGACUUUACUAUCUCCCACGACAACUGUAUAUGCAUCGUCUCUGAGAUCAACCCACGCAUGCUGGUGGAAUUAGCCCCACAGUACUACCUCGGCAACCUUCCAUCUAGUGAAGGCAGGGACUUGCUGAUGGAACUGAGGCAAAGUCUCGUCCCCUUGGAUGAGGAGGAGAGCGCAGAGGGGGGUGAAAAUGAAAGCCAUGUCGAGAGGCCUGGAGAUCCUCACGACCAGCACAGCACAGAGAUGUGUGUUCUACAGUGAGGGAUUCUAAAGGCAGAGAAUAGACUCAAUGCACUUUGGGAUAUAUGAGAUCGCGUCACGGUUGCACUGCCCAGCAGGAUAACCUAGAGGGAGGUGUGGCUCUCUGAGACACAGAGCUGCACACAUAUGU